ACUUCUGUCACUUCAAGCCUCUAUUGGAAUGAAUGAGACCCUUCACAGUAUAAACCGAAAUCAUAUUCAUUUCAUAAAUACCCGUGACGACGCGUUAUCCAAAUUAACGAGGUUUUCGUCGAGCCGGCGAUUAGGGUAGUGGGAUAGCGGAGAGAAGCGGACCGGGUGGUUGGGCUGUGGGCAACAGCGGCACGGGGUACGGUGGACAACUUGAGAAUUGAGAUCCUGUCCUGCUGCCUCAGUCUCAGUCUCAGUGGUCACCUAACUCGAAUCGCAGACGUCUACAUGCGGUUUCCCUGUGCCUCAGUGGUUUGGUUUUCUGUGAUUUGACCGGGAAUUACAGUGUAAAAGGGAUUUAGAAUAUUGAGCAAUACCUUCAGCGUCAGGAUAAACGAUAUGAGCGCCUUGCUCGUGAUUGGCUCAGGGGGGCGGGAACACGCCCUUUGUGAUGCCCUGGCAAAAUCUCCCUCGGUGUCAUCAAUCCUGGCGGCUCCUGGCAACCCCGGCACUGCUGCCCUCAGCAAAGUCUCGAACAUCACAUUGAAUGUCAAGGACCAUCAGGCUGUGAUAGAUGCCUGCAAGAACAAUGAAAUUGAAGUUGUCGUCGUUGGACCAGAGGACCCACUGGCUGAUGGACUAGCUGAUUCUCUGAAUGCGGCUGGUAUUAAGGUGUUUGGCCCAAGUAAAGCAGCAGCUCAGAUUGAGUCUAGCAAAGCUUGGGCAAAAGAUUUUAUGCAGAGACAUGGCAUCCCUACUGCUAGAUAUCGCACCUUCAAUGAUCCUCAAGAAGCCAAGAAAUUCAUACAGAGUGAAUCUUGGCAUGGAUACGUGGUGAAGGCCUCAGGUUUAGCUGCUGGCAAAGGGGUCAUUGUAGCACCUUCGAAAGACUUGGCUCUAACAGCUGUGGAAACAGUUAGUCAUAGCUUUGGUAAUGCAGGAAGCACACUAGUUAUUGAGGAAAUGCUUGAAGGCAAUGAAGUUUCUUCACUUGGCUUCACGGAUGGCACCACAAUAGUAAUGAUGCCACCAGCUCAGGAUCACAAGCGUUUGGAGGAUGGGGACCUUGGUCCUAACACUGGUGGGAUGGGUGCCUAUUGCCCUUGUCCUCUUGUUUCCUCAUCACAGGUUAAAGCUAUUGAAGAUAUACUUAGAAAAACUGUCAAUGGUUUGAAAGCUGAUGGCAUUCCUUUUGUAGGGGUCUUAUAUGCAGGGUUAAUGCUAACAUCGUCUGGCCCUCAAGUAUUGGAAUUUAACUGUCGCUUUGGGGAUCCUGAAACUCAAGUUCUGCUUCCUCUUUUGCGUACCGAUCUUUUUGAAGUGGUUAAGAGUUGUGUUGAUGGCAGGUUAUCAAACUUGAAUGUGGAAUUUGACGAAAAAAGUAGCUGCGUGACGAUCUGUGUUGUCAGUGGGGGAUAUCCAGGAUCAUACCCUAAAGGAAAGAGAAUAACAGGCGUUGAGGAGGUGAGCAAAGAAGAGGGGGUGAGAGUGUACCAGGCAGGAACAAAAAUGGAACAUGGAAAUCUUGUCACCUCAGGAGGGAGGGUACUUGCUGUGACUGUUACCGAGUCAUCUUUAGCCUCUGCUGCUUCGAAAGCAACAGAAGCUGCCUCUAGAAUUGCCUUUGAGGGAGCCUUCUUCCGGAAGGACAUUGCUGCCAAGGCUGUCACUAGGUCCACUAUUGGUCAGGGAGUCACUUACAAGAACAGCGGUGUCGACAUCGCUGCUGGGGAUGCAUUGGUUGCUGCCAUUAAAGACGUAGCAAAGUCCACCUCUCGUGCUGGUGUGAUAGGUGGCUUGGGGUCUUUUGGCGGGAUAUUUGAUAUGCACGCCUCCGGUUAUAAAGACCCCCUGCUGAUUUCUGGGACAGAUGGCGUUGGUACAAAACUUAAGGUGGCACAGGCGGCCGGUAUACACAGUACAGUAGGACAAGAUCUUGUAGCCAUGUGUGUCAAUGAUGUCUUAGCCCACGGAGCAGAACCUUUAUUUUUCCUAGAUUACUUUGCUACUGGACGUUUGGAUGUGGGAGUUGCUGCUUCUGUUGUGAGAGGUGUAGCUGAAGGAUGCCUUUUGGCUGGAUGUGCACUAAUAGGUGGUGAGACAGCAGAGAUGCCAGGAAUGUAUGCUCCUGGCGAGUAUGACUUAGCUGGAUUCACUGUUGGUGCUGUAGAGAGGCAGAAACUACUCCCUAGGAGGGAUUCCAUUGUCGCUGGAGAUGUUCUCCUAGGUCUAGAGUCAUCAGGAUUACACAGUAAUGGUUUUAGCCUUGUGAGACGUAUUGUCGAUUCUGAUGGGUUGCAAUAUGAUGAUCCUGCUCCUUUCUGCUCCAACUCCUCUCUAGGAUCUGAAUUGCUGAAGCCUACAAAAAUCUAUGUCAAAGCUGUUCUUUCUGCCAUGCAGAGUGGCCUUGUAAAGGCUGCAGCUCAUAUAACAGGUGGUGGUUUGACAGAAAACUUACCCAGGGUCAUGCCUGACCAUUUGGCUGCAAAUUUACAAGCACAGUCAUGGAACAUGCCAAAAGUUUUUCAUUGGCUUGCAGCACACGGUAUAACCAGUUCUGAAAUGGCAAAGACUUUCAACUGUGGCAUUGGCAUGGUGCUGAUAGUGGCUGCUAACGAUGUUGCCAAAGUUCAGAAGUUAACCACUGAUGAAGCCAAGGUCAUUGGAGAACUGCAACCUCUUCAACCAGGUUCUCCCAGAGUUUGCAUUAAUGGUCUGGAGGAGAUCUUCACCAAGGGAACAGCAUCAAUUAAGGCAUGUAGUCCUACACUUAGGACGCAGCGCAAGAGAGUUGCUGUGCUGAUUUCAGGGUCGGGGACUAACCUACAGGCACUUUUAGAUCAUACCAGCUCAGGUCUUAGUGCAGCAGAGAUUGUUCUAGUUAUUAGUAAUGUACCUGGUGUACGAGGGCUGCAAAGGGCCCAAGAGGCAGGUGUGCCAACCAAGGUCAUACCUCACAAAAAUUACAAGAGCAGAGAAGAGUUUGAUAGCGCCCUAACAGAGGCAUUAAAGACUGCAAAAAUAGAAUUAAUUUGCCUGGCAGGAUUCAUGAGGAUUCUAACCGCUGGGUUUGUCAGUACUUGGAAUGGUCGUCUCCUCAAUAUCCAUCCGUCCCUUCUGCCUUCCUUCAAAGGGAUGCAUGCCCAGAAGCAGGCACUGGAAGCUGGUGUCACAAUAACAGGCUGUACUGUUCACUUUGUAGCUGAAGAGGUUGAUGGAGGAGCAAUAGUGACACAAGAAUCUGUUCCUGUUUUGCCAGGAGACACAGUGGAUAUUCUUUCUGACAGAAUUAAAACAGCUGAGCAUAGAGCAUUCCCAAGGGCAAUGGAACUUGUAGCAAGAGGACGAGUUAAACUUGACAAAAAUGGCCACUGUGUCAAAUCUUAAGUCUUGUUACACUAUUCAAUUGACUUUAAUAGUCAUAGGAUAUAUUAUUGUGAGUUUCUCAUAAUUUUUGUGAUGUUGCUGCUCAAAUUUAUUUUUUGGGGUUCCCCUCCUAUAAUGCAGUAAUAUCAUAAAAAGUGGACAAAGUUUGAUAUAUUGUUACCCCCAGCUAACUUGCAACUUUAAUUAUUCAACAGCUUUGUUAAAAAUACAAUGAUUAACUACUGUGCUUGGUCAUUCUCAAGGUACUUUGUGCUGAUAUAUGAGACUGAAUCUUUCUUGAUAGUUUUUUAAAGAGUUUAUAAAAGUACUGUCAAUGGCUAAAUACUCUUGAUGAAUUUGGUUAUAAAAAAGAUAAAAGUUUUUUUGUCAAGAUGGACAUAAUAAAAUCCAAAAAUCUGAAACUUAUAAAACAACACAGUAGAAUCUACACUCUUUCACACACGAAGACUUGAAAUUGAAAAAUCUGUAUACUUGGGAAAAUGUUUAUUUUCAGCUGUUAAAAGUUUUCAUUAUAUCCAAGAGAUUUGGGAUUAUUUUUGGAUAUAUCAAUUUUGUGUGAUUUCUAUUGCUCAAAUGAUUUUUUUGUUGAAAAAUGUAUCACUGACGUUACAUGCUUCAA